AUGUCAUCACUAGUUAAACGACAUAGAAGGUAUAUUAAUACAAAUACUAAUACAGACACACCAUCGACUAGUGAUAGCACAAGUAUAUCAAAUACAAGUUCAUUUGAAUUAAGUGAAAAUUAUAAUAAAUCAGUUCGACAUUUAUUUCUUGUUCGUCAUGGUCAAUAUCAGCGACAACGAACAGAAUCUGACGGACAUUUGACUGAUAAAGGACAGAAACAAGCAUGGUAUGCAGCUAAUUUUCUUAUAUCACAAUUACCAGAUGAUGUUUUAUUUGAUUCAUUAACACAUUCAGAUAUGAUUCGUACACGUGAAACAGCAACAAUUAUUUAUAAACAAUUAAAAUUAAUGAAAAAAAUUGAUAUUGAAUAUUUUUCAAUUGAUACUGAUUUUCGUGAACAUAAUUUAUUAUUUGGAUUUUUACUUGAAGGUAAUUGGCAUGCAUUAAAACGUGAUUAUUUUCAUUUAAAAAAAGAAACAAUAAAAAAUGCGAGAACAACAUUUGAAAUUAUAGUUGCACAUAGAAAUAUUAUUGGUCAUUGUAUUGAAUUACUUACAAUGAUUCAACCGGAUAAAUCUAUUGCAUUUAAUGCUUCUAUUACACAUAUUAUUGUUGAUGAAACAGAUACAAUUGUUGAUUAUGCAUUUAAACAUAAUUUUAUUCCUGUUGAUCUUUUAACAAUGUGGGAAAUUUAUCUUCCUAUAGAACAAUUUCAAAAUCAUGAACAUAAAUAUAUUCAUUUUGAUGUUAAUGGUGUCAAAGGUUCAGAAAGAAAAGGUUGUUGUAUACGUCUUUUUAUUUCAUGUCUUCGUUAA